AUGGGCCCAAAUGCUGGCAACGGCGUGGGCGGCCUGGAGAUGGGGCCCAUGAUGCAGGGCAAUGGCUCCAACCUGCCCCAGGCCACCGAAUACACCCUCCAGGGCGUCAUGCGCUUCCUGCAGACCGAAUGGCACCGACAUGAGCGCGAUAGGAACUCGUGGGAGAUUGAGAAGCAGGAGAUGAAGGGUCGUAUCGCCAACCUCGAGGGUCAGGCGCGGAGGGCUGAUGCCACCCAGCGCGUGCUGAGGAAGUACGUUACUAUGCUAGAGCGCAAGGUUAAGGAACAAACGGCUCAGCUGCAGGGGCAGGAGGCUGUUGAUGCGGAUACUGCUGCGAAGAACGAUCGGGCAGCCAAGAUCCAGGAGAAGCUUAGAUCUUCAUUGGAGGAUAUGCCUGCUCCAGGUGUCGAUGGUGUUAACUAUGAGAAGCUUGAUCGAGGGGACGAGGAUGCUCAGCGACAGGAUCUGAAGUCUUUCCUCGACCAGUGCCAGUCCGAAUUUAUGUAUCUUAUGAUUACCCCCGCAAACCCGCAACCGCCACGAGAGUCUCCCCCGCUACCGAUCAUGGAAGAUCUGCGAGAAGUUGAGGCAUAUGGCAUGCCAGCUCCCCAACCUAUGGAGCGACAGUUCCAGCUCCCUACAAGAGGUGCUCAGAACCACGCCCAAGACAUGAACUCAAGAAUAGCUCAGCAGAACCAUGUUCCUCACGCACAGAACCAACAGCCGCACUUUCAAAAGCAGUCAGAACUACAACCUCAACCUAUGAUGCGGUCUUCAGCUGAACACCCUCCUAUUAUGUACCAGAACUCUAACGACUGGCCUGCACCCGUAUCCGUUACCUCUCGGCCGGUUGAGGAGCACGUAACUCCAGCAAACCAUGCCGCGGAAGUUUUAGGUGGAAUGGAGGAUCCUGUUGAACUUAGGGAGAAACAGCAGCCUGAAACUGAUGGAUGGGAGUUUCCCGAGGGUACGUUCCCCGAACCUGGAAACUCCCAGCCCAAUCAGUCUCAACCUAACCGACCCGAUACCGAUGCGUUUCCCGCCGCUGACAAUCUCCCCAAAUCACCAGGUCGACGAGACAGCUCCCACCGAAGAAAAGGUUCCAUGUCUAGGAGACGAAGCGCCGAUCAUGAGCUAGCCCUGGCUGCCCAAAAAGCGGAGAGUGGUAACUUCAAGCUAAGAUUUGGUCUGCGGGGUCAUCUCGACACUGUCCGAACCAUCAUAUUCUCUGGCGGCGGUAGCCCAGGUGAGCCAGAAAUCUGCACUGGUGGAGACGAUGGUAUGAUCAAGCGUUUCCACAUUCCCAGAUUAGAUGGCCAUCCAGGAGGUUCGGCGCACACAGCGUCAGACCUCGAUGUUACAGCCAACUUUACGCACCGCGGUCAUUCAGGGGCAAUUCUUUGCUUGACAUCAUGGUCUCCUUCGCCAAACUUCUCGACCGGUGGUCGCGCACAGGGUGACGGCUGGAUAUUUUCUGGUGGCCAAGAUGCGACUGUUCGGGUCUGGGAGCGCGGCAGGGUUGACCCCAAGGCGACUCUCGAGGGCCACACAGACGCUGUCUGGGCUAUUUGUGUUCUCCCUGCAACUCUUGGCUCAAUCUUUGGUAACUCAAGUUCUUAUGGUAAUGCGGAUCGUAUCUUGGUCGUUUCGGGCGCUGCAGAUGGCAGUGUUCGCCUGUGGUCAGUGAGCGCGCCACCUCAAUUGAGCUCUCCACAACCUGGAACAAACCGAGCCAUGACUGGCCGUGGAGGCAGAGUUCGUGGUAAUUCUAUGAGUUCCGGUAGCGGCUUCGCCAGCACUCCCCAACCAUCUAUCGCCUCCAAUUCGCCUUUCAACCACACUCUUGUACAUAACAUCGCGAGAUCAGAUGGUUCUACAGCUAGCCCGACAUGUAUCUCUCCUCUGGGCACCACCGGCGAACAGUUUGUUGUAUCGUACUCUGAUGCUGCCAUUCUUGUUUAUGAUACCCGAACCGGCGAACAGAUCGGCAACAUGGAUAGUCUAGAGACGUACGACGAAACGAUCAAAACCAGUGUCAACGCUGUUGUGGCUACGACAAUGGGUCUUGACCAGGCUAGCCAGAACCACAGCGGUAACAUCAGCGAGGAAGAUGCCAGCACGGGCGCUACUGGUGGUGGACGAUCAAUGGCUGGUUCGGGCGUUGAGGGAACUAUCAUUUCAGGCCACGAAGACCGCUUCAUCCGGUUCUUCGAUGCCAACAGCGGCCAAUGUACAUAUAACAUGAUUGCUCACCCAGACUCCAUCUCGAGCCUUUCCCUGAGCCCCGAUGGCCGUGAACUCGUUAGCGCUGGUCACGAUGCCUCGCUCCGCUUCUGGAGUCUCGAGAAGAGGACUUGUACACAAGAAGUGACAAGUCACCGCGUAAUGCGCGGCGAAGGAAUCUGUGCCUGCGUUUGGAGUCAGGACGGUAAAUGGGUCGUCAGCGCUGGCGGCGACGGCGUGGUCAAGGUUUUUGCACGAUAA